ACUCCUGUAUGCUGAGCACUUGGCUGUUAACUUCACAUAAUUACAGACGGCUGAGUCCAAUGACCGACAUGUUUCGUGAUAUUGGAACCGAAGAUAGGGUUGUUUUAGUAGAGUCUGAGGAGAGAGACGAUGAACUUCAAACUGAGCUCAGACCAGUGACAGCAAUGAAACCUCCAGCUUACGUUCCAAUGCAGGUGAGGACCUAUGAUGGGCCCUCUGGACAGCCUGGAGGAUCUGUAUUGGUUCAGCACACCAGUGUGAACGUCAUCACUGAGCCUCCAAAGGACCAUUUUAUCUGGUCCCUCCUCUGCUUUGCCUACUUAAACCCCUGUUGUCUUGGACUUGCAGCUCUCAUUUAUUCUAUCAAGGCCAGAGACAGGAAGAUGGUUGGAGAUGUGGAUGGUGCACGACGUUAUGGCUCCACUGCUCGCAGCCUCAACAUUGUUGCCACAGUCAUAGCUGCCAUUGGCCUACUGAUCAAUGGCCAUGAGUACCAUUCACAGAAAGUGGGGAAUGGCUACAAUCACAGCAUUGUAAGAUGGCGAAAGAUGUACCCUUGGGCCCCCCUUCUCGAUUCAGAGAUGGUCAGCAACCUGACAGCCCGAUGGACGAAGCUGUCUCUCAGUGUAUCUGUUCUGGCCCGGAGGCUCUUCAGUAUCCUUCCUAAUGGCAGCAAACUGAAGACGCUGUUGAAGGGAUGA